AUGACCAUUAGAGUGUAUCAUCAGGAUCUUGGGAAAUACAUUAUGAUGACAUUUGUAUAUGCUAAGUGUUGUGCUUUGGAGAGAUUGGAGUUAUGGGACAAUCUGUACUACUUGGCUAGUGAUAUGGAAUUGCCAUGGCUAGUAGGGGGAGACUUCAAUGUAGUGAUGGGAGAGGAAGAAAAGAUAGGUGGACUACCAGUGUAUCCUCCUGAGUAUGAAGAUUUUGCAUUUUGUGUCAACUCUUGUGGCUUGUUUAAUCUUGGCUACAAGGGUAGUCCAUUCACAUGGUGGAAUGGGAGGCCAAAUGAAAAGUGUAUAUUUAAAAGACUUGAUAAAAUCUUGGUGAACAUGCCAUUUCAAAACUUGUUUCCUACAAUUGAGGUUGAACAUCUUAUUAGGGUUGGAUCAGAUCAUGCACCCUUUUUGAUGAGCUGUGGAGAAGAAGCAAUGAAAUUUGUGAAGCCUUUCAAAUUCUUGAACUUUUGGACAAAACAUGAAUCCUUUCUAGAGGUGGUGAAGCAGAACUGGAUUGCUGAUUUUAUAGGGGAUCCAUUCUUGAUGUUCAAGCGGAAGUUGAAGAGGGUUAAGAUUGCUCUAUCAAAGUGGAGCAAGCUAACCUAUGGUGAUAUUUUCAAGCAACUAGCUAUCAGGGAAGAUGUGGUGAGGAUUAAGGAGAUGAUGUUUGAGGAAGAUCCAUCUACUGAGAAUAGAAUAGUACUUGAACAAGCUCAAGCUGAGCUAAAGAAGUACCUUAGUCUAGAAGAACAAUACUGGAAACAAAAGGCAGGAAUGAGCUGGUUUGAAGAGGGGGACAUAAAUACAAGAUUUUUCCAGAAUCAUAAUCAGUUCACUAAGGAGGAUGACCCUACAAGCUUUGAUCUUUUGAACAAUGUGCCUACAAUGGUUACAAGGGAGCAGAAUAUAGAAUUGUGUAGAUUGCCAACAAGGGAGGAGGUGAAAGCAGCAGUCUUUGCAUUGAGCAGUGAGAGUGCAAGUGGUCCUGAUGGUUUUUCAGGCUUUGUUAAGGGGAUGAGUAUUUUUGAGAAUAUCUUUUUAACUCAAGAGAUUGUAACAGAUAUAAGGAUGAGAGGGAAGCCUGCUAAUGUAGUUAUAAAGCUAGACAUGGCUAAGGCAUAUGAUAGGGUGUCUUGGAAAUAUUUGAUGCAUGUGCUAAGGAGGAUGGGGUUUGCAGAAUGUUUCAUUAACAUGGUGUGGAAUCUUAUCUCAAACAACUGGUAUUCAGUGAUGGUAAAUGGUCAAGCUUCUGGUUUCUUUCAUUCUUCAAGGGGUGUGAAGCAAGGUGAUCCUUUAUCUCCAGCUUUAUUCAUAUUGUCAGCAGAAGUUUUGUCAAGAUCUUUGAACAAAUUAUUUGAGGAUAAACAGUUUAGAGGUUUUGGGAUGCCAAAGUGGUUCGAUCCAUUGAACCACCUUGCCUAUGCUGAUGAUACAAUUAUUUUUGCAUCUGCUAAUCCUUAUUCAUUACAGAAGAUUGUUGAUGUGUUGGCACAAUACGAGCAUACUUCUGGACAGUUGAUUAACAAGUCAAAGAGCUCAUACUAUAUGCAUGCUAAGGUAGCAGGAGAUAUGACAAAUGCAGUUGCUAGUAUCACAGGAUUUACAAAAGGAACCUUCCCCUUCACUUACCUUGGAUGUCCAAUAUUUUAUACAAGAAGGAGAAAGAAGUACUACAAUGAUCUGAUCCAAAAGGUGAAAGAAAAAUUACAUUCUUGGAAAGGGAAGUUAUUAUCAUAUGGAGGAAAGGCAACAUUGAUAUCCAGUGUCUUGCAAAGUAUGCCUACACACAUACUAUCAGUACUAGAUCCACCUGAUAAUGUAUUGGAGCAUCUUCAUAAAACCUUUGCAAGAUUUUUCUGGAGCAAUAAGGAAGAAGGAAGGAGCAGGCAUUGGACAAAGUGGCAGAACCUAUGUCUUCCUAAGGAGGAGGGAGGAAAGGAACUACCAACUGUAGUUCAAUUCAGGGAAGGUUCACAUGUAUGGAGAAAAAAGUUAGAGGCAAGAGAAGAAAUUGAGCAUGAGAUCCUAUGGGAGAUAAAUAGAGGAUCGACUAAUGUGUGGCAUGAAAACUGGACAGGACUGGGGGCUUUAUACCAUGUUAUACCUCCCUAUUUUCACAUCAAUGACGAAUUGCAAGAGGUAGCUGAUUUGAGAGAGGAGGAGUAUUGGAAUGAUCAACUUCUGGACCAAAAGUUUCCUCCAGAUAUUGCUGACCAUAUUAGAAAAGAGGUUCACUUUGCAGAAGCCAAUGAAUGUUGGGACACCCCAAGAUGGAUGCCUACUCCUUCAGGUAGGUUUACUGUUAGUAGUGCUUGGAGAAUCUUAAGACAUAGAGAGCCAAGCAAUCCUGAGUUUGUUAAGAUAUGGACUAAGGGCCUGCCAUUCAAAAUUUCAUUCUUCUUUUGGAGAGUUUGGAGGGGAAAGGUUCCAACUGAUGAUAUAUGGAGAAGAGGGGGACAUAUGGUAGUGUCAAGAUGUUGGUGUUGUAGUUCACCAAAGGAGGAUUCUUUCCAGCAUUUAUUUCUAACAAGUGAGACAGCAAUUAAGGUGUGGAAGACAUUCAUACAAGCUGCAGGUCUGGUAAUAAAUUUGAUUGAAGUGCAUCAGGUUGUAAGGGCAUGGUGGAGUGCUAAAUGUUGUCCUAAACUUAAGCCAUUGUAUCAGGCUGUACCAGCUGUGAUAUUAUGGGAACUUUGGAAGAGGAGAAAUACAAUGAAGCAUGGUGGAGCAGUCUCCUAUAGUAGGGUGAUUCAUGAAGUGAACAAAAUAUUAUACUAUCUAGCAAAAGUUAGAUAUCCUUGGCUAUCUAAUAUCCCACUGAUGUGGCCUCAUAUGAUCAAAUUUUUUGAGAAUUACAAGCCCUUUGUAAUCACCAAGAAGGUAACAUGGCAGCUUCCAUAUGAAGGGUGGUACAAGUGUAAUACUGAUGGAGCUUCUAGGGGCAACCCAGGUCCUAGCUCCUAUGGAUUUUGUGUGAGAAAUCAUGAAGGAGAUUUGGUGUAUGCUAAGGCAAAGGAGAUAGGGAUGGCAACCAACAUUGUAGCAGAAGCAAAAGCAAUUGUAGAAGGGCUGGCAUUUUGUGUGGAAAGGCAACUGCAUCCUUUGAUAAUGGAGACUGAUUUUCUGGUGUUGAGGAAGAUUAUAGAUGGUGAAUGGGAGACUCCAUGGUGUAUAGGGGUUGAAGUGAGGAAGAUCAAGGAGAUAAAGAGUACAUUCAAUGUACUCUUUCAGCAUGUGCUUAGAGAGGGCAACACAGUUGCAGAUUUCUUAGCUAACCUUGUUUUUUCUUUUGCAGGUACAGUCACCUUUCACUAUUUUCAUGAACUUCCACCUAGAGGAAAAGCUUUAAUCAAUUUAGAUAAAGCUCAGAUGCCAAAUCUUAGGAUUAGAAUAGCUAAAAGGAAAGCUCCAGAUUGA